AUGACACAGGGCCUCCACGAUCUACCUGCGCGUGAACACACAGACGAGGCCAGAGACGAGGAGACGUGUGUCUCUCCCCCCGUCUGUCCGUUAUGUGCUCGUGGUUUUGACGUUCCUCUGAUUCUGCCCUGCUCUCACACUCUAUGCGGCCGCUGUCUGACCGGAGGGGCGGGGCCUGAUCGGCAUGGGGGCGAGGUCAGGGGCGUGGCCUCCACCUCUCAUCCAGUCGUUCUCUGUCCGAACUGUCGUCACGGCGUUGAGCUGCCCUGCUUUGACUGGUCAUCUGCUCUCACCUGUCUGCCCUUUGACCCCACAGUGACCUUUGACCCUGAAGAGAGAGGGAAGCGUGAAGAACGGAGAUGGGAGACGGAUGGCAGUGUGGAUCUUUCCGAAGAGGAAAUGGAACAAUCCGUUUCAGGUCUGCUCUUCACCCUUGAUUCGUCCUGCUCUGAUUCAUCGCUUCACCUCUCAAGCUCCGCCCUCACCGUCACCUUCACGGGUCACAUGAUCUCAUCACAUGACCGCAGUGAUCAGGGCUCCUGUCAGCUUCCUCAGGUGUGCGGCAGCGUGAGCGUCUCCAGAGGACAGUAUUACUGGGAGGUGGAUGUCUGCAACAGCGCCAUCUACAGGAUCGGAGUGAUUUCAUCAUGUGAUGGGCGUGGCUGGUGGUUGGAAAGGCGUGGCUCUGCGUUUCACGCUGUGUUUGACGGACGGCGUGAGCUCCUCCCCUCUGUUCCUCCUCAGCUGAAGACAGUGGGCGUGUUUCUAAAUGUGGGCGGGGCUUCGAUCACCUUCCACAAUCCAGUAACUCAAGAGUUUCUUGCCGCCGUCCCCUCCCACUUCAGUGUCCCCCUCCGUCCUGCUCUUCAACUGGGCCUGGGAAGACUGAAGCUCCGCCCCAGCCUGCCGCCGCCCAAUCACGUCUUUCUCAGCCACAGCUCUGCCUAUCGGGGUCCAGGAGGGGUGGGAAGUGUGCGCUGGAGGCGGGAUGUACCGUUCGGGUCGGUGAGGACCGUGAUUCAGAAGUUUGAGGAGAUGUCGGUCGUAUCAGACUCGGAUUCGGGUCUCGUGUCCAGCGUCAGCUCACUGUCUGAGACCAAUAACAAUACAGAACGGCUCCGUUCCAAAACCUAGUACAAUUUCUACAUAGACAGCAUCGUAAGGCGUGCUCCCUAGGUAGACAGGAACAUUAUGCCGCCUUCUAAGAUCUCUUCUUUUGGACAAAAUAUAAAGCAGCAUCACAUGUAUGCUUCUUAAAAAAGUUUGCAAAAUGCAAACAGCGCCACCUGUAGGGCAGAAGCUCUUAAAGAAAAAACAAACAAAAUGUAUCU